CUGCUCAGUGUUUGUGGGAGACGUGCGGGGCCGGGCUCUCCUGGGCCUCAGCGUGUCACCGUCCAACGGGCCGGGGGAGAGAUUUCAUGGGACACUGCAGCAGAUGCUCAAGACCCUUAUGCACCAGCACCCGCGGGUGGGACAAGUCCCUACCCACCUGCUGUUCGCAUACAGGGAGGUGCCCCAGGUGCCCACGGGGUUCUCCCCGCUUGGGCUGAUGUACCGGAGGGGGAGGGAUGAAUGGGAGCGGGAGGACACCCGGGCUUCCCGGGAAAGGCUCGCUGAGCUCAUGGGCCUGGCCAGGGAGAAUCUGGGCGGGGCCCAAAGGAAGCGGAAGGUCUGGCCUAGCUACCGGGAUCAAGAUGACGGCUCUCAUCCCCAUGCAGAAGAACAAGCUGCAGGCGCCUGGGACGGCCCCUUCAAGGUCGUCAAGAAGCUGACCGAGGUGACUGGCGGAGCUGACCGGCGGCUGUAUCAAGCCGUACUGGGACAGGGAGAACUGGGGAGGAUCCCCUGGAGGGCCUGUUCCCUGGGACCGGAGAGGACUCUUCGCUGGAGCCAAUUUCCCUCUCGGACCAGCUCACCCGGCCCAGCAGGCCGAGGUCCGGGAGGUGCUGCGCUCCCACCAGCAGCUGUUCUCCGGCAAGCCGGGUCUCACCCACCUGGCUGCCCACCGGGUGCAGACGGGCACUCAACCCCGGUGCGCUGCUCCCCGUUCGGAGUCACAGGGAAGACGGCCCAGGGCCUGGAGAGAGAGGGCCGGGACAUGCUGGCGCGAGGGGUGAUCCAGCCGCCCUCCGGCCCCUGGGCCUCUCCCGCGGUGCUGGACCCCAAGGACGGGUCGAUCCGGUUCUGCAGGGACUACUGGAAGCUCAACGCCAUCACGGCGUCCGACGCCUGCCCCGUGCCCAGGCCUGACGAGCUCCUGGACAAGCUGGGGGGAGCUCGCUACCUCACCUCCCUGGACCUCCCCAAGGGCUCCUGGCAGGUGUGACGUGGGGGGGGGCUGUACACUCUGCGGGCCCUGGGCCCACUCUGCUGUGUGGGCUGUGGGUGUCUAGCACUGCCCAGCGGGGGGAACCGAGGGCCUGGCCUAGCAACUUCUCACCUGGCCAGGGGAAGGGGUGUGGCUAGCUGGGGGAGGGAGCAGACUAGACCCAGCAGGGAGUUCAGGGGAACUAGGGCGCAUGGAGCACACGCUGGGCUGUGUCGCCGAGAAGCAAUAACCCUCCAUGCUCCACGGGCGGGAGGAGUCGCAUCUGCUGCAGACGGGUGCAGGGUCGGGGUCCCCGACGCGCCCUCACAGCUGGUGCCACUGGACACAAACGCCGAUUUCAGCCUGGCCUCCAUCACCCCGGUGGGGCCCUAUGAGAUCCUGCUCCUGCCCCUUGGCCUCCCGGGGGCACCGGCCCCCUUCCAGCGCCUGGGUCCAUGAGCACGUGGCCCAGGCCAGCCCAGUGCCGGCUUGACUGGGCAGGGGCGGGG